AUGGGCUGUGCUAUGUCUGCUGAAGAGCGGGCCGCUUUGGCCCGCAGCAAACAGAUUGAAAAAAAUCUCAAGGAAGAUGGAUUGCAAGCUGCCAAGGAUAUUAAACUUUUACUCCUCGGAGCUGGAGAGUCUGGGAAAAGUACGAUCGUGAAACAGAUGAAAAUCAUUCACGAGAGUGGAUUUACACCAGAAGACUUCAAGCAGUACAGGCCUGUUGUGUACAGCAAUACGAUACAAUCAUUAGUCGCUAUUUUAAGAGCAAUGCCAAAUUUGGAAAUUAAUUACUCAUCUAAUGAACGACAGACUGAUGGUAAAAUGGUAUUCGACGUUAUUCAACGAAUGGAAGACACUGAACCAUUUAGCGAAGAAUUAUUAGCGGCUAUGAAAAGGCUGUGGGCCGAUAAUGGGGUGCAAGAAUGUUUUGGAAGAAGUAAUGAAUAUCAAUUAAACGAUUCUGCUAAAUAUUUCCUGGAUGACUUAGAUCGAUUAGGGGCUAAAGAUUAUCAACCAACGGAGCAAGAUAUUUUGAGGACUCGGGUCAAAACAACAGGAAUCGUUGAAGUACACUUUUCAUUUAAAAACCUUAACUUUAAAUUAUUUGAUGUGGGCGGUCAACGAAGUGAGCGUAAAAAAUGGAUACAUUGCUUUGAAGACGUCACGGCAAUUAUCUUCUGUGUGGCUAUGUCUGAAUACGAUCAAGUUUUACACGAAGAUGAGACUACGAAUCGGAUGCAAGAGAGUCUUAAAUUAUUCGACUCAAUAUGCAACAACAAAUGGUUCACGGACACUUCGAUAAUUUUAUUUUUAAACAAAAAAGAUUUGUUUGAAGAGAAGAUUCGUAAGUCAGCGCUCACUAUCUGUUUCCCCGAAUACAAUGGAGCUCAAGAGUACAGUGAAGCAGCUGCGUACAUACAGGCGCAAUUUGAAGCGAAAAAUAAGUCGACCACAAAGGAGAUCUACUGCCACAUGACCUGCGCCACGGACACAAACAACAUUCAAUUUGUGUUUGACGCAGUAACAGACGUGAUCAUCGCCAAUAAUCUUCGCGGUUGCGGUCUUUAUUAG